AAGAAAUUUGAUUAUAAUUUAAUGGAAUGUCAAGGGAAUAUCUAGGAGCAGUAAAUUAACUGAUAAUUGAGAAAAAUGAUGUUUUUGAUUUACAACCUAUGAUAAAGUAGCUUACUCCUUAUAUAUCGUGUCAUAAAAUAAUUUGUUGAUAUGUUUUUCUUAUGACACAUUUAGAAACUGUCUAAUUCCAGAAGGAACUUCGCACCGAAAAAUAAUGUCCGGAACAGAGAAUGAAAUUAAAGUUGAAAAUGUUAAUAAAGAAGAAAAAACUGAAGUAUCACCGACAUCCAACCCAGUACAAGUUCGAGAAACAAAGGACAACGUGUCCGUUUGUAGUUCUGAUGUGGUUUCACAUUCAAGAGGAGAAAGACCAGGAUCUAUUCUAUCUGCUACAAUAACUCCAAGUUUCCACGUAACUCAUAGAGAAGCAAAUUCUACGACAAAUCUUCAAACUGGAGUUCCUUCAAAAAAUGGUAUUAAGAAAUCUGAUAGUACGGUCUUACAAUUAAUAUUACCAAGAAAUAACACUUAUCCAAAUACACCUAUUGGGAAUGGCAGUUUCUUUGGAGUUUCAGCACAAAAUUCAUUAGAUGUGAAAGUACCUCAAACACCUUUGUCACAAGGCUCUGAAGCUUUAGGAUCUGUUAUUAGUAUUCCUCAUGCCGAUACACCAACACCGCCUGAGAAAAAGAAAGAAGCUUUUUCUGAUAUAUUGGUAAACACUUGUAGUCUAUUUUACGCUUUGUUCAAUGUAACCGUUGGAUUAGCUUUGAUUGUAGCCGAUGUUAUUGACGGAUCUCAUGAACAAUCGGAGAUGUUCAGCUUAUUACUAGUAUCAAUUUCUUGUAUAUUCAUUUCAUAUUUGAUCGCUGAUAUUUCGUGGUUUGCCUAUAAACAACAAAAAUUGCAACAAGAGAUCGAUAAAAGAAUGGCGGAUAACAAUGUAGACGUUACUGAAUUACCAGGUGGAGAUUUCCAAUAUAAUUUUAUUAUACCUGAUGUUGUGAUGUUGAAAAACAAGUUGAGGCACGAUUACUGCUUCAAUUACGAUAGACACAGUACGAAUUUUUAUCUGAAAAUUGGCGCAGCUGCUUUUUGCCUGGGGCAUCUCAUACAUCUUGGGUUAUCGGCUGGUUAUCAACUUGUUUAUUUAUUCAGUGAUGAUGCGGAAAUUUACGAUUGCGUUUCAGAUUACUUAGUGGCUAUCAACUUCGUUUAUCCAUUUUACUCGUUUUUGAUGUUGUUUUUCAUUUUCAAAUACUCUAAUGUAAUUAUAAAUAAAUCAACUGUAUUGUGUCGUUUUGGCAUCAUGCAUUGCUUGUCGUCAAGUAUAUGUUUUUGGCUAUGGACUAUCGCCAGGGAGGUUUUAGAAGCCCUUAGUUCAAAAGAAACUAGCACCGAAACAACAACUACAAAUUCUGUUGAAGAUCCGGUUAUGACAUUUCGUAGAUUCACGCAAGUUUGUGAUUAUUCGGGAACUUGGAAAAAUAUAUUUAAUAUAUUUUCACCAUAUUUGUAUCCCUUUAGCGUGGAAUUCAGUAUUCUAAUUGUUGGCGUACUCUAUUUAGUAUGGAGUAAUAUAAAAAAAUGUCACUCUGAAAACGACAGCGAGGAUAACUCUACAUUAAAAUGUAAAAAACCAAUCGAAAACAUUGACAAUGGAAGAGGAAAUACAGUAAUUUAUGCCAAUUGUCAUGCUAGCAACAAGGGAUUGUUUGGUGGUUUUGCAAUCUUGCUACUAACAAUAAUUAGCUGCAUAUUAUUUUUCUCGUUUAUUUAUGCCAGUACCGAGAAUUCAGAAAAUGGAUUAAUGGUUAACAGGAUAACAGCAAUUAUAAUUUUGAGCACAAUGCUUAUUGCAUCUCUUGUGGCUUAUAAACAAAUAACCAAACUGGAUCUUAAUUCGGUUCAUCAUAAUCUACUAGAUGACAUAUUGUUGUUUAUAUGCAUUCCUGCGUUUUUUCUGAACGGUAUCUUUACCAUUAUUCCUGCUAUUGUUAAUAUCAACGUGUGGAUGUUGGUUUCAAUUCCACUUGAGAUCGUUCAAGUUCUAGUUCAAACCGUUUUUAUGUUGGACGGUGUGAGACGUUCAAGCAACACGAAGAGACUUCGAAUGAUUAAACCUGGCAGAGAAUUAGUUACCUUCUUAAUAAUUGCUAAUGUUUCGCUAUGGUUAUUUAGCACUUUUGAAGUUAAAGCCCACGGACUUGAAGACCAUAGAUACGAUUACUUUGGAAAAGAAUUAUGGACUAUCUUAGGACAUAUGUGUUUACCUUUAAUGAUGUUUUACAGAUUCCAUUCGUCUGUUUGUUUGUGCGAUAUUUGGAAGUUUGCUUAUGAACCGUCAGGACACUAACAGAGUUAUAAUUUUCUCAAUGUUUCAAGAUUGAAUUUAAUGAAAAAUAAAUAAUCGAAUCAUGA